AAGUUAUAUAAAAUUAAAAAUCAGGCUUUUGUAGAAAACUUGCGAACCAUUAAUGGCGACCCAAAAUCAAAGGUGGAUUGGAUGGCACUGAUCCAACAAUAAUUGGCUCCCUUUGUCUUCGUCUGACUGGCCGCUUAGAUCCUUCAUCAGCGUGACCCUACCAGAAACCCAGCUGUAACAGUAUCCACAUAUAUCUUCUUGGAUCUGCAGCCACCAUCAUCAGGCCGUCGUAAUAUACCACAAUUGGCUAUUUUACGACAAAGACCAAAAUGUCCCCCACUUCGAACAAUUCUUUCCGGCUCCUCCCUUUGGCCUAACCCAUUAUUGGUCGGUGACCCCAAAAUCAAAAUCCCAAACCGUCCACAUCGUUUCGUUUUCCAGCUCCAGAUUUUUUAUUUUUUUUAUUUUUUUUUCUCUCUUUUAUCCCAUAAACACAGGUGUGGAAAAAUUGUGAGAAUUGUUGCGUGCGUCCAUGAUAAUUAUCCAACAUCCAUCUGUAAAUGGAAAUUAUGUGGGGUUUUACUAAAUAUUAUGCCAACGAAAAUGGAAAUAAAUUAAUAAAUAAUCAUAAUAAUAAAAGAACCAAAAGGCGAAUUCGGAUUAAAGAGCUGUAUGAAGUAAGCAGAGAGCACAGAGGGCGAGGAGGCAUGGGCUUGGUGCAUAGAGGAUAACAAACAUUAUGGCGUCGAUGCUGACUCUAUUUUGAUUCAAACGAGAAAUAAGGAUCUUUCUUUUCUCUCUCACUGCUCAUAUAUGCCUAUAUAUACAACAAUUUAUUGUGCAUAUAUGGCACCAACUUCUCUGCUUCUCGCCCGCUAUGGUUACGCUCCGAUUUUUACCGCCAGGAGAAGAAAUGGUUCCAUAGGCUCGUCUUCGUAUUCUUCUUCCUCCACAACCUCCUCUUCUUCUUUUUCUUCUUCGUCUUGUUGUUCUUCGUCGUCUUUGGGCUUAACCUCUGGCACGAAUAAUAGUUGGAGAAAUCAAGGCCUUAGAGCACAAGCCAUGGGUACAACAACUCAAGGAAAAUUUGGAUCAUCCAAGGGUGUCGCAAACGCAGAAGAUGAGCCCGAUCAUCUUCUUGUCCUUGUUCAUGGAAUCUUGGCUAGCUUUCAAAUUCAUAUAAUCUUUACUGAUGUUAAGUAUUGCAGUCCAAGUGACUGGACAUAUGUAGAAGCAGAGUUAAAAAGGCGCCUUGGAAGAAACUUCUUAAUUUAUGCAAGUUCAUGUAACACAUACACUAAAACUUUUACUGGGAUUGAUGGAGCUGGAAAACGUUUAGCAGAUGAAGUCAAGCAAGUUGUGCAAAAGAAAGAAAGUCUCAAGAGGAUCUCGUUUUUAGCUCAUUCUCUUGGUGGCUUGUUUGCAAGAUAUGCAAUUGCUGUUCUUUACACUCCAAAUGCCUCGAGCAGUGGCAAACUCAGUGAUCUUGACAAUUGUACAACUUCAAGUUCAGAAACAUCAUACCCCUCAAAACGAGGUAUGAUUGCUGGGUUGGAGCCAAUCAACUUUAUUACCUUGGCAACUCCACAUCUCGGCGUGAGAGGGAAAAGGCAGCUUCCAUUUCUGCUGGGAGUUCCCCUCUUAGAAAAACUAGCAGCACCAAUUGCUCCUAUUUUUGUUGGUCGAACCGGUAGUCAGCUAUUUCUCACUGAUGGUAAACCGGAAAAGCCACCCCUUCUUUUGAGAAUGGCAUCUGAUUGUGAAGAUGGAAAGUUUAUAUCUGCAUUGGGUGCUUUUAGAUCUCGCAUUCUUUAUGCUAAUGUAUCUUAUGAUCAUAUGGUCGGUUGGCGGACAUCAUCAAUUAGGAGGGAAACAGAGCUUAUCAAUCCACCUCGCCGGUCUUUAGAUGGUUAUAAGCAUGUCGUAGAUGUAGAGUAUUGUCCCCCAGUCUCCUCUGAUGGCCCACAUUUUCCUCCAGAAGCAGCCAAAGCAAAGGAGGCAGCGCAAAAUAAACCUAACACACAAAGUACAAAGGAGUAUCUUGAAAUUAUGGAAGAGGAAAUGAUACAUGGCCUACAGCAGUUGGGCUGGAAAAAAGUGGAUGUCAGCUUUCAUUCUGCAUUUUGGCCGUUCUUUGCCCAUAACAACAUCCAUGUGAAAAAUGAAUGGCUUCACAAUGCUGGUGUUGGAGUGAUUGCUCAUGUUGCAGACAGCCUAAAGCAGCAAGAAUCCUCCUCAUAUAUCGCCGCCAGCUUGUAGCUAUACAAUGCCUACACAACACAAGUCCAAAAUAGAUGAAUCAUUAAUGAGGAUGUAAUGUGAGGUAAAUUCAUAGCGGAUUCUUUGGUCAGUGAUUUAAACCCGUCUCAUGUUUCCUAAUGUAAGCUUACAUGUAGGGUCUGAUAAUUAAUAGCUCACUAGGUUAUAUUAAUUAUAGAAUCAUAGAUUAGUAGUUCUAUUGGCACUGAACAAUGGAACUAUGUUUGUAUCCUUACAAUCUAAAAAGUUCAAAUUCUUUUUAGAUUAUUAGUUUGUCUUACGAACAAAAAUCUCAAGCUCUAAAAUGUUUUAAAGAUUUUCAUGACAGUUUGGUUUCAGAAGUUCCAAGCUGUAGGCCAGUUGAUAUGCACAUUCUCGUUUUUUUUUGGGGGGAAAGAGAAGUUAUAGGAGCUUUGUAAUUUACGGGUCCUUUGGGGGACAAUAAUGUAAUUUGAAUCCUGUUGAUGGAAUAAGAAACCGAAGUUUUAUGAGAA